AUGCAGCAACAGUCUUUCUACGAGAGCAACAUUCCUAUCGCCAAAUCUGAUCUCCGGAACGAUGGGCAAAUCCCUACCAUGCAUCAGUAUUUUGACGGUGGUCAAUGUCGCGUAUUCAGGGUAACGUUCAUGGAUGGCGAGAGCCGGGCAAUAAGAGUACCUCUUUUUGUCCGUCAUGAUUCCCAGGACAUUGUUAUACAGCUUCUUGAGUCCGAAGCUCGAAUUCUCCAGGAGUUCGAAUUGAAAGGGUUCUCAUGGGCCGCAAGGCUUCGGGGCUGCAGUCUGACGUUCGACAAUGCCAUCAAAUACCCCUUUAUCGCAUUGACAUGGAUUCCGGUAGUCAGCUUAUAUGUCCGAUAG